AUGAAUGGCGACUCAAGUCUGGUUGUUACGCUCGUUGACCGAUUGACCACAAGGCUCCCCCAUCGAACCGGAUCUCCUUCGCAUGAGUUUGCUCGCGACGAAGUUGUAGUGCUCACACGUUCAACCCUGGUGGGAGUUAGCAAUGCUUGCAUAGCUGUUGUCAUUGAAGCAUUAGUACAAUUGUUGGAGGAGCUAGCAAGACCAUACAAAGGAUUACAUUCGCACCCAAUACAUGUGGUAUAUUCGGAGCUCUAUGUGCUUGCGCUUUUGGCAGAUUGCUGCUCGAAGCAUUGGGAUACUGUUAACGCAGGCUCUCGCUCGUUGACCUCGGAAAAUGGCACUUCGGACUCAGAAGACACGGAUGCUGGGAGGAUUCUGAAGAAUUCUCCUGGCGCAAAAGGGUUGCAGAACAAAAGACGGGCAUCUCGAAACACCCUUCUCGCGCGAACUCAGCCGCCUGACGCCCUAAGUGACGAUCUUGUCCGAAGAUUGUUCGACGCAGUCAAGCUGUUCUCGAGACCUGUGCCAGAUACCUAUAUACUUCCCAGCUCGAACAUUCUGGACGACUCACACAAGAAAUUCGACAAAUAUGACAUCUUUAGGCAAGAUCCUGUGGAUUCAUUCGAUGGGCAGCUUAGUGGCACUGAAGUGCCGAAACUUCUCUUAGAGAAUACUGAUGCUAUUGAUGCUUUCACCAGGGUUAUUGUCGAAUAUCUGUCCUUUUCGAAUUGGACCAAGGUACUUGAGUAUCUUAGGAUUGCUCUGGUGCAGGCAGUCCAUCCUGCGUUGACUGGGCCUGGCCUUCCCAACGUAUUAGUUGAUGAUGAUAGAAGUGCAUUAAUUGUCAUUCGAUACAUCUCCUGUUUUUGGGUAGAUGCCCGGAAACUCGGUGUUCUGAUUCAGGAAUUGUGUGGCAAUUUCCUACACCUUCGCAAGACAUUCCAAACGACAGUAGCAGUGGUAGUCCCACAACUAAUUACCAGAUGGCUUGAAAGAAAUCCUCAGGAAUUUGUUGAUCUCCAUUCCACACACAAAAGACUUGAUGGCGGUGCAGACACGCUGUUUGAUAUGACAACCACCACGUUCGACGGUGGCCGGCGAAAAGCACUUCUGUUCCCCUUUCAGAUCUCGCUUCUGUUGCUAUUGCCCGAAGUAUUUGAGGUGGCUAGCAAUAUGAGAGAUGCGAAAAGUAGUGGUAUUACUAAGAAAGUUUCCUUUCUAGAGAUGCUUAGAAAAGCCUUGAAAAACAGGAAUGAGACAGCCGUUUAUUGUUUGACAUCCGUUUUGAGAGUCGCGCGGCAUUUCAGUCUGGACAGUGACGCCGCUAUACUCAGCUAUGCAUUGGACGUGCAGGAAGAGGUCAGGGAAGCAGUAUUCCGCAACCCUUCCACUGGAAUAGAUACGUCAAAUAUUGAUGGGCCACUCAUGACCGCAACAUUUGUCAGUUUGACGCACCUCAAUUUUGAGCACAGCGUUGCCAGUCUAGCUCGUUUAUGCCUUGCUCCAAACGCCGCGCAAAGUUUCAAGCUUGCUGUUAUAUCAGCUUGCUCUCAUUUCGCUCGCCAGUCCAAUCCGGAAGAUUAUCAGCCGCUAUACGCAAAGGUAGCGGACUUCAUUCGAGCUCAGAUUAAGAGUCAAGCUCUGAAAAUGCGAGAGUCCCAUUCAGACGAACCAUAUCCAAUAUUGAAGCCCCUCGAGGUCGCGACCUCAUCCGACAUGAUCUACAACAUUCUUCUUUUCCUAGAUGCAUCACCGCUCACCCUACUUGUAGGGGCGCCCGAUAAUACGGACGACUGGGUGAAGUUUUUCGAGAGCACCCUUACAUCAUUUCUGAUUUAUUUGGUCACAGACGAUGAACGAACAAGACAUAUGACAUGCACUGUAGCACGGAAGCUCAUGACGGAGGGCACUACUGCCAUCUACCACCGCGUUGAAACACCUGAAACGAAAUUGUUCAAGCAUACAUUUUGGAGAACAUCGUCGGUAGUCCUGAUGACGGUUGCUGAGAGGUUAAUCAACAUGACCGACGACGGCAAAGUUACUCUCCACUUCGUUCAUGACUUUCUCGAAGCCAGAUUAUUACUCUUGAAGCAUAUCAAGGAGCUGAGGGAUUUAGAGGAAGAUAUUCCAGAGCGUGUUGCUGCAUGUUCAAAAUUGGAAACUGCGUUUCUCGUUUCGCUUUGCUCAACAGAUAUCUCGGCUUGCCAACUAGUCACCAAAUGCAUAUCUCUGUUCUGCGAUGAAGGCCGCAUUGUGGAUGGUUCAACCGCAUCAUCUGCCAAAGCACUUACCCCGACUCUACGAAAUCUCGAUUUAUACACCGAGAUAUCCUCUCGAGACUUUCGGUUCACUGGGCUGGUUGCCUUUCAAAAACGCGUUCGUGGUCUUUUGAGACAGAUGGCGCAUCCUACAGCUGGUAUGCUGGCUGCUUGGGAGACCGUGUUUGACUUCUGGUUAAGAAUCUCCAAACACAUAUUUUCUCGUCCUGCAGAGAUUUUGGAGGAAAGGGCUUUGGUGGAAUGGCGAAAUUACUCUGGCUUCUUAGCAUCGCUUGGCGGGACUUGCAUCUCUGGCCGAACACCAUCACCAGAGGAGUCAAACUUUGCAGGUUUGAGGUGGAUUGACCGUCUUCUUCCUGACAGCUAUGACGAAAACCUGUUGACAAAGUAUAUGAGACAAAGCGUGCAACUACUUGCAAGCAACAAUGUACGCAUACGAGAAGCUACUAGAGAGACCCUUUCUACCGAGUUAGCGUCGCCUCUCUAUUUGCCAUUGUUUGAGAAUUUAGAAACCGAACUCGGCACGUUGUUCGACAGUCCCCGCACGAACACAUCGCUCUCUGUUGAGUCCCGAAUCAUCUUUGCGGAGCAGGCCUCUGCACUUCUGAGAAGUAUUGUGGAAAAGCUAGGGGGUCCAGCUGAAGUUGGCACUUCUCUCUCUGUGGAUGUAGGAGCAUUGACACUCAACUUCGCUAAAUUUUUGGAUGAAAUACAGGAAGGUGCUAGUGUUUUGAGGGUGAAGAUUAAGAUAUGCCAACUCUGUGAGACUGUUACCCAGAAGAAGGAGCUCCUCAAUUUACGUCACGAUGUCCGAAUUAGGAACCAAUUACUGGAGGUCAUAUUUAGUUGGAUCGCACGACCCGGCACGCCAAACGAUGCAAUUCAUGCCCCUGGGGCUCGUGCUGAAGAGCUUUUGCGACUUCAGAAAGACCUUGACAAAGCGUGUCUCAAAGCUCUAGCAGAUCUGACUUACCGGCUUCCUUUACAACCAGCUGACGGACAAAGCGAUGCAGAUACUAGCGACCUGAAGUCGCAAAUGUUCCACACAUAUUUUAAUCGUUUUCUGUCACUCCUAAACUACGACUCUGGCGAUGCUAGGAGGAACGACGCUCGAUCGCUCCCAGUUGGAAACGACGAUUCUUCAAAUACUUCCGAGCUUGCAAUCACCGCAUUAUCUAACUUGUUAAGUGCCAACAUCGAUGUAGGGCUCAAGCAUUCUCUGGGAAUUGGGUAUCAUGAAGACCUAGACAUAAGAACCGCUUUCGUUAAAGUACUGUGCAAUAUUCUCAUUCAGGGUGCCGAAUUCAAUAAUCUUUCUGAUACGGCAGUUAACGAGAAGUACGAUGAGUUGCUUGAAUUGCUCAUCAACGAUAUGCCAUUGACAAUCGCUCUUUGUGAUGCAUGCCCAAGCAAUGAAGUCGACGAAAUGACAAUCUCGCUACUCAACAUCUUUGAUUCGAGGGGGUUGGGAUCGGUCCUACUCGAGGGUCUAAUUGAUCAUGAGGUUGAGCAGACUGAGAAUGAAGCCGAACUGUUACGGCGAAAUUGCGUUGCUACGAAAAUGCUUUCCUUAUAUGCCAAGUGGAAAGGCGCGUCGUAUCUGAAAGCAACUUUGCAAGAGGUUCUUGAGAGACUAGUCCUUACGUCCAAAGAUCUUGAUCUGGAGCUUGAUCCUGCUCGAGUUACUUCCGCUGAAGAGUUAAACAAGAAUGCUUUACAGCUCAAGGUGGUCACUAGGGUCUUCAUAGAGGAUAUUUGUAGUUCUGCUCCUCAUAUGCCUGUGUCUUUCCGGAAAAUCUGUAGCAUUAUCUCGACGGCGGUCAUGAAGCGAUUUCCAGACGCAAUAUUUACUGCUGUUGGGGCAUUCAUAUUCUUACGUUUCUUCUGCCCUGCCAUCGUUGCUCCAGAUGUCGAGGGUCUUAUCAGCUCGCCCCUGUCCAAAGAAAUGCGACGUGGACUUUUGCUAAUUGCUAAAGUCGUACAAAAUCUUGCUAACAACGUUCUUUUUGGCGCCAAAGAGCCUUUCAUGUAUCCCCUAAAUCAAUUCUUAACCCAGCACAUUUAUCGUGUUACAACUUUUCUGAGAGAAAUAUCCGUAGCCCCAAAUGUGAACGAACCGACAGUAGAUUCCGAAGCUUUUGAUUUCGGCUCGUGUGUCGCACUCCACAGGUUUCUAUAUGAUCAUUGGGAUCAUGUCCGUCAGAAGAUUGUACUACGAGAACGGAAGGGUGUUGUAGUUUCACCAUUAGUGGAGAUCGGGAGCUCGGUUCCUAUGCUAGAAUCUUUAAGGAAAUUGAUUACCAACCUUGGUCCACCUCCAAUGGAUGUGUCGUGGAAUCGACCCAUGAUUUCACAAAAUACACCACCGUCAUAUUCACGUUUUCAACAUUUUAUGCUGAAAAAUGCUGGACGCAACACAGAAUCUUUAGUCUCUACUCGUGCUGUUUACGAUGGAGGGGAAAGUAAAGAUGGGCUGCCAAUGAUUUGUAUUAUUCUCCGUAACAUUGAUACUGAGACGGUAGACUGGGAGCUUCUACUCUUCGGAUAUCUGAAGAUUGCUAGCCGCAUGUGGCAUCGACCUUUUGGUAUCCUCAUCGAUGCAACAUGCUAUAAUGGACAAAACGAGCCUCAGGAUGCCUUGUUUAAACAGUUGGAUCUAUUGACUCCUACGGAGUUAUCCAGACAACUUUCGAGAGUCUUCGUCUACAACAUGAACAGUGCAUUUCGAAAAUGUUUCCGCCGCAUUCUGCGUUUGGCUGCAAAAAGCGAAAACAGUGCAUUCCAUCCAAAGAAUGUCGACUAUCAUCUGAUUGGAAGUCUCCAGGACUUGCAGGCUCAUUUCCAUCUAAGUCAAUUGCAUCUACCUAAAGAUACAAUUAGUGUUGUCACCGACACAAGAUAUGUUUUUCAGCCUAUCACUCGACUUUCGAAAACCAAGGGAAAAGUUGAGGUUGUUAUAAAGGUUGGCAGUCAAUUUGUACAGGUGACAACAGCCAAAAAGCAAGAGGUCGUACCUGGUUUGAGGCUCCACGCUACCGUAAAUGACAUUUUUCGGCUGUCUGAAGUAGACGAGGCACCGACAUCAAUACAAACAGAAGAUGACUCCGCGUUCGGUCUUCGGACCGAGAAUGGGAAGAUUGUUAUGUAUUUCACCAGCCCAAGGAAGCCAGAGGUCUUGCAGGCAGUCCGAGGAGCGAAGUCUAAACAAGGUAAAGAACUGCGCACAUUAAAGUCAUUUGAAAGGCUUGUUCGCCCACAAGAUGUACCUGGGACCUUGUUAAAUAUCGCGUUGACAAACAUGGCAAGCUCCGACCAGGUCCUUAGACUUGCAUCUUACAAUCUGCUGUGUGCUUUAUGCCGUGCGUUCAAGUUCGCAGCAGACGCCAAAUUCAUGAGCACGAAAGAACUAUGUGUUCCAUUGAAUCCCUCCAAUUUUAUUAUCGACAUCAGCAAGCAGCUCGCUCUGUCAGAACCGCAGCUGACCGUCGAUUUUCUCAACGAGUUUUUUGUUGGUUGGGAAAGUUUCCCAUACUCCCAGCGACCUCUUAGUCUCGCAUAUAUGGCACCAUGGCUACCUGGCUUAAGGACGACCUCAAUACCUAACGACACUGAUAGCGAUAAAGCUAGAGAGAAGAUUGCAGUUAUAUUUCGCAAGCUUAUUGAGGUGGCAAUUUCAGAUGUGACCUUAAGUACCACCUUUGAGCACCGAAUCUGGCCGAUGAUUUGUUGCGAAGAAACAUACACAGACAUAUUCUUGGAAGAGGUUACUAAAAUUGCGUUAAGCUACGGCAUCGAUGAUGAACGUACAGAGAUUUUAGGUUCUGUAAUUGCUUCUCUUGGCACAAUCACCAUCCGCGGAAAGCUUCUCUCACGGUUACGGAAAGCCCUGAACAGAACAUCUCUUCGUCCUACUCGUCAUUUACCCGACAACACAGUAUGGAGUGAAAUUUGCGUGCUUCUUCGCCUUUGUUUAUCAACUUCAUUUGAUAGUGGGGUUCAGUCACAAUUGUUUCUUCCCGAGCUUUUUCAUCUCGUCACGAUGUUAGCAAACACUGGUAGUCCAGAAGUACGUGUAAUGGUGCACCGACUUUUGACUAAUACUAUACAUGCGAUGUGCACUACAUUCUCUUUGGAGGAAGUUAAAAUGGCAAGACUCAAAGUGCUGCUUCUAUCAAUUUCUGAGCCCGGGAAUGAUUCCCUGUUCAAUGUGGCAGCACGUGAGGGGGCUUCCAUCUCUUUCUUACAAGACUCUGGAAUGCCGGCAUUGAAUGCGACGGAAUCCUUGGCUAUUCUGCUAUCAGAAGUAAGUACAGUCGCAGCUCCAACAAUUGAUACAUCAAAUGCAUGGCGCUCCAGAUGGAUGAGCCUUGUUGCAAGUACCGCUUUUCAGAGCAAUCCUGCUAUACAGCCGAGAGCCUUCACUGUGAUGGGGUGUUUAGCGCGAGAGGAUGUGGAUGACGAUCUUUUGUAUCAGGUGUUGGUUGCCUUGAGGAGUAGCGUUGGUCGGUUUAUGGAGGAUGGUGACAGUGAAAUGCUUGUCGCAAUUGUCACUUCAUUGACCAAGAUGAUGGAUAAGCUUCCUUCGGCUUCUCGCUACGGGCUCCAGCUAUUUUGGUUAGCACUUUCGCUCAUCAGGCUCGUUCCUCUUCCUCUUUUCAAUUGCACGGCCUCGUUCUUAGAUGCCGUACUGAACAACAUCGCUACCUCCGGGGAAUUUAAGGAUGGUCGCAUGGUGCCGGUUCUAUUGCAAGGUCGUCUUCCACUGGAUGAUGCUGCUUUUCAGCUCGAUGAAAUUUACGGAGUCCAUUUCAGUAUUGAAAGCUUCCACUUUGCUGUUGUUGCUUGUUUGGUGAAAGGUCUGUCGGACUCUGUCACGAAAGCUACUGCGGUUCGUGUCUUGUCAACAUUUCUUGAGACGACAAGUGCGAACACCGCGGACGGCACAAAGUUCCCAGCGGAUCUUUCUUAUGUCCCAUACCUGGGAGCGCUAAUGUCAAGGGCGAUGACACCAUCAGAAGCUCAGCAAAGCUGGGCUGCCAACAAAACAAUAAUGGGGGGUGACCUUACGACGGGAGAGGUCACGAAUGUCAUUGAUCUCACAAUUAUAAAGGAUAAAGAGCUCUUAUUGAACGUGGCCAUCGGUAUUGUUGACUUCCGCUACUUAGAGGAAGCGAUCCAGAAUCGUGGACUUUUGUGGUUGAAUAAAGUUGCACUAAAACGACCAACUGUUGUCCUACACCUAUGUGCUCCUAUAAUCAGUAUUCUCGAUGAUGUUCUCCUGAAUUGCCAGAAUGCUGCAACUCUUGAGUCCGCUCACAAACUGCUUCGUACCAUAACUUCAAAUCCUAAAUUUGCUGGUGGUGUGGAUACUGCAGAAAUGCUUGAAGACGUUCUUGAUGGUAUUGGAUUCGGCGGAUUAUGGAGGUCGGCGACUUUCCACACUCAGAAUGAACAUGAAAGAGAAUGUACUGCCCUCACAGACAGACUUAUUGAGCUCAUUAUUGCAUAG